CCGUCCGUUUGUCCGCGGACAUGCCAAAUGCUAGCCAAAUUUGAUAUCAACUUGGCAGUCCGCGGACAAAGGCCACCUCAGCGUUUUCCCUAUUCUCGCACCGAGCACGCCAUUCUUUCCUGGUUCCCACGCGUGCGGCCAUCUCCCUCGCCCCGCUACCGCGCCGCCAACUCCCUGCCUCGCCCCGCUCCCUCCCAGCCCCGUUGCACCGCCAUCUCCCUGCGGUGCCGCCCUGCCGUCGCCCUGCCGCAGCUCUUCACCGCGCCUACUGGCCGCCGGCCGCCGACCGCGGCGAGCGUCCAACGGGCGCAACGACGCAGAGCCGCAACCGCCCGGGCAUCCCAGCAAGGCUUCGUGGCCAGAGCUACCACCGCCGGAGCCUCCUCAGGCCAGGCCGCACCGCCCCGCCACCCUCCACCUCCGGCUGCUGCCAACGCGCGCCGUCCGGGCAGCCCAACAACCAUGGAAGGUGGCUCGCCGUCUGUUGAUGAGGAGAUGGGGUACGACGGCAUGGACGACUCGCCGGCCUUGUGUCGGCAGCCUAGUGCCAUGUCGGAAGGCAGAGGCCGUGGCGCCCGCAACCUGUUUGAUGAAAUGUCUGAACAGACACAGGAGUAUCAAGAGGAGUGUAUGAUGGAUUUGAUCAAUGAUGGGCAACAACCUCAAAUAUUUGAUGUUGAUGAUCCAAACUCUCCAAUUCCCAACCAACCCUUCCACCAAAAGAGAGGUCCGACAAAGAGAGGAAGUUCAUAUACAAUCAAAGAAGAUGAGUUGUUGGUGACGGCAUGGUUGGAAGUGAGCCAAGACCCAAUCCAACGUGCAGAGCAAAGGGGUUCGUCAUAUUGGAAGAGAAUUCAUGAGUACUUUCAUGAAUGGAAAAAUUAUCCACCAUGGAAAUUUGUAAGUGAUCGCAAUGAGUGUUCACUUCAAUCACGUUGGGGUGUCAUUCAAGAUUCUUGCAACAAGUUUUGUGGAGCAUAUGAUCAAAUUAUCAAUAGGAAGAUAAGUGGCAUGGGAAUCAAAGAACAUAUGGGAAUGGCUAUCACAUUGUAUAGCACAAUGCAUGAAGGGAAGCACUUUGGCUUGGUUCAUUGUUGGACCAUACUCAACAAGGCCCCAAAGUGGAUGAAUCUUGUAGCAUCACUCAAGAAUCCCAAUGGAGCACACAAGAGGCCGGCAAGCCAAAUGGAUGAGAAUGGGGAGGGUUUUGGGCCGAUGUCAACCGCAACUAGGCCGAAGGGAAGGAAGUGGGAAAAGGAGAAGGCAAAGCGUGCUAAUGCGAGUACGUUGAAAGAUACUUGGACGGAGAUUAUGGCCAACAAAGGUAAACUAAUUGAGAAGAGGGAUGAAAAGAAGGAAGAAAAGAAGGAUGAACACCACAAGUGGUUCAUGGAGAUGACAAAUGAGAAGGUUGCGAUUGAGAAGGACAAGGUGGCACUUGAGGCGAAGAGGCUUGAAAUUGAAGCAACGAGGGAGACCAAGAGGCUUGACAUUGAAGCAAAGAGGGAGGAGAAGAGACUUGAAAUUGAAGCAAUGAGGGCGGUGACCGAGGCCGAACAAGUUGGGCUCACUAGAUUCACCGAGGAGUCGAGGAUCAUGUUGGCCAACAAAAGCUUGAUGGAUGCCAAGACAAAAUUGUGGCAUGAAAAUCUUCGUGACAAAAUCUUGGCACAAAAUGGCAUUUGAUCUUGUGAUGGUGCAUCAUAUGAUUUGUGCUUAUUUUGAUACUAUGUCAUUGAGAUUUUUGAACAUGGUCAUUUGAGAUAUUUGAACUUUGUCA